AUACACACGUGAAAUAUUUUAUAAAUUCCAGAAACAAGUACGAGAUGCUUGUUUCCAUUUGGUAAUAAAGGAUAUGAGUGGUGUUGAAGUAAAGAAGUUUGUUUUACAUGAUCUUAAAGCUGCUAAAGAAUUUCAGGUUUUGCACAUUUUGGAAAAUCAUAAACUUGAGUGUUCUUGUAGGAUGUUUGAAAGAAUUGGUUUGCCAUGCAGUCAUUUGAUUCUUGCAUUAAAACAAGUUCCUGUGCACAAGCUCCCAAGGCAUCUUGUUCUGAAUAGAUGGAUGAAAAAUGCUGAGAAAAAUGCAACAAGAUUUGUUUCAAGCACAUCAAGUGAUGAUAAAGAGAAAUUUAGUGUUAUUGUGAAUGAUAUUUGGUUUGAUUUCAAUUCGUGUAUGGGGUUGGCUGGUGACAAUAAAGAAGCACUUGAUUUGAUUCAAAGUUGUCUAAAAGAUGUAAAACAGAAGUUACGUGGUUGGAAAUUUGAAGGGAAGCUAGUUGUGGGAAACAAGAAAGAUGUUGUUGAAAAGUUUAUUGGAUCAGAGAUUCCAGUUAACAUUGAAGUCAAGCCUCCAAAUCAAUGUCGGAACAAAGGGUGUGGAACAAAGAGAAUUAAGAGUGCUGCUGAAAAAUCAACUAUACUUUCUGGUAAACUAAAGAGGAUUUGCAGGUAUUGCAAGACAGAAGUUUAUCAUGACUUUAGGAAUUGUCCUGUAAGAAAAAUGCAAAAUUUGGAUGAGAAUUCUGCUGGGAAGAAGAAACAAAAACAAAGUACAGACAACAGUGAAAGUGGCAUGGGUGACAAUUUUGAACUCUAGUUUUUGUAUAGUUGAAUAUUUGUUAUUUUGAAGUUUUGUUUUGUUGAAUUCUUAUAUAAAUA